AGUUUGCGACUUUGACAUUUGGGUUGUUUUGGACGGUGAGGUUAAUGGACGACGAAAAUAGUUUCGAUAAAUAUUUAGAAAAAAACCUGUCCUCAAAUAUGUAACAUCUUAUAUAAAAAUAGUCAAACAUUGUGUUGAGUCGUUGUGUUAUGUUUAACAGCCAUCUAAUAAUGAUACUAUUUUUAGGAUAACAUUAAUCCACACAAAUCUCCACGAAGUGUCGAAACGAGUUUAAGUCAACGCAUGAUAUGAAACAACUAUUAGACUAAGCUGAUUUAGUAUUCUGUUCCUGAUAACACGUCCAUGUAUUGUUGCUCAUUCCUUUCGCGGCUGGGUGUCGGGAUGGCGAGCAUGAGUUCCACGCUCGUCGAGACCGUCUCCAUCAACUAUGAAGACUUUAAUGAGAGCUUUCUCACUUGUGGUACAUGUUUAUGCACAUACGAUGGCGGAGAACACACCCCAAAGCUUCUUCCGUGUUCUCAUACGGUCUGCUUACAUUGUCUCACUCGCAUAGCCGCUUCACAAACCAGAGACUCUGGUAGCUUUCGAUGCCCUAUAUGUCGAGAGCUUAUCACCAUACCUCGUGGCGGUGUUCCUGCAUUACCACCAUCAUUUCUCGUCAACCAGUUACUUGAUUUAAUGGCACGGCAACGUAGAGAAGUAAUUCCACAAUGUAGCUCACAUCCAGGUCGGGAGUUGCUUUUCUGUGAAACGUGUGAUUGCGUAUUUUGCAGACAUUGCGCCGACGGACCUCACAGCGACACGCCUUGCGACCAUACAGUAGUACCUUUCUCAAUAGCCCUGAAAAGAAUGUCUGAAAUUCUUUUGUACAGAGCGAACGAAUGUCUCAGUAAACUAGGUUCUGCUAGGGAAGCGGUUGCUAGCGAGUUGAGGAGACUAGAAGCGGCAGCGACAGCUGCUGACGAAGCCAUCGACCGACAUUUCGCCGAUUUAAAAGCAGCACUCGACAAACGACAUGGCGAACUCAAAUCGGCCGCAGCGGCGGCGGCGACACACAAACGAAAGCUUCUGGAAGAACAAUUGAAACUAAUUGAUGCAGAAAAAACCAAAGUGGAAGCGGAAUGUUCUGGGCUUCAGCAGCAAGUGGAAGUGCGAGAAGUCAGUAGUCGCGCAGCCGCAUUAGGCGCUCGUCUGGGUGAUGCUGCAGCGUUAGCCGAGCCGAGGGAGAACGCCUUCCUGGCCGUAGAUUUCGCCCACAAUGACGCACAGCAACGGUUCACUGAAUCCCUGGGCGAGUUGGGCAGAGUUCGGACUAGCACAACUUUCCCUGGGCUGUGUACGCUGCAACUGGAAUCUCAAUGCGUGUGCGGUCUCGAGGUAGUGGUUGUGCUAAGGACAGUGGACUAUCACGGCGAGGCGCGAAGCACCGGCGGCGAUCCCGUCACCGCGGCCGCCACGCUCGAAGACGCGCCCCUGCCUUGCACUGUUACCGAUCUAGAUUCCGGGUUAUACAGGAUCACGAUGCGUCCAUGGAGUGCCGGUACUAUAUGCCUUCGGGUGUUAGUAUUCUCGAGGGCUGUGAGAGAUUCUCCUCUCCGAACUAACAUACUUCCCAGCGCUGCACCGCUAUUAGUAUGGGGUACCAGGGGCACGGGCAAGGAACAGCUGAACCAACCGGUUGCCGUGGCUAGAUGUCCGAAACGACGUGAAAUCUACGUGCUCGAUGCGGGGAAUUCACGAGUCAAAGUGUUAGACGACGAGACAUUUGCAUUUAAAACACAUAUCGUAAAUGAAGGUUUAGCUGGUAGAAGUUGUACAGGGAUAGCCGUCACCGCUGAAGGCGUAGUCGCAGUAAAUUGGCGGACUCGAACACUUACGGAGGUGAACAUCGCAGGCUCGACAGUGCGUACGAUCCACUCGGAUCGACUCAUCGAGCCAGUGUGUGUGGCCGCAGACGCCGCUUCCAGACGAGUCGCCGUCGCGGACAACGGCGCUCGCACUGUGUUCCUGUUCGACGCGCGCGGCAAUAUAGAGAGAGAGGUCGGCAACGGUGACCUCGGUCUAGUGGGUGGUUUGGCUCUCUCCGAAGACACAUUGGUGGUAGCUGACGUGGCUGUGCGAAUUUACGAUAUCGAGGGUAACCUGAAAUCCACAAUAGCUCCUGUACCUAAAGGUCGUGGCGGUUACGGCGGUAUAGCUCUAGACCAAUCCUCAGACAGUGGUUUACGCAUAGUUUGCACUAGGUCCGUGAAGGGAAGACCGGCGCUAGUAGUUCUAGAAGCUAGCGGCACUGGACGGAUAUUAGCCGCGUGUGAACUCGCAGAUAAGAAGCCUAGACGAGUGGCCGGAAUAACUCUAUUGCCUAAUAAACGGGCGUUACUGGCCGAUCUAGCCGGAGACUGUUUACGACUUCACACUUAUUGGUGAAAGAUGAGAAAAGGGAGUUUGAUGAAGAAGAAUUUAAGAGUGCCGCACCUUAAGACGGCGUAUCGGAAACGAAUUUUCAUGCUAGUCCAAUACUGUAACGGAGUAUCGAAUACGUUGGCCAUAAUCUCGGACUGCGCUCGGAGCUACAUAGGUGAAAUGGCGGCUUCAGAAAAUCUCCACUAGAAAUCGCAUACAACCAUAGAGCAACACAGAAGCGAGUAGCCAUAGCGACAUAAUACUAUUUAAAUCAUUCUGUAUUUUCAUUUGGGGGGGAGGGGGCGAUUAUGAUUUCAAACGAAAAUUUUGUAAUGCGGUCUGUAAUGGAUGCUCUGCGGGUAGGUUCUUUUAAUUUCAUACAGAAAAUUACAGCCAUACUUAAAGUAUAAUGUCUGACCGCUUCUUUUUGAAGGUAAGUAAGUAAGAGUAGGUUAGUUACUAUUUAAGAUUUUUAGAAGAACUUUUGGUUUUUACCUUCUAAUCUAGAAACCACAAUUGACAUCGAGGCUAAUUUGUAAAUAUCAUUUUUUUAAAGAUGAGAUAUAAGAUUUUAAAGAAGAGAUUUAAGAGACACUGCUGUGUAGAUAAUGUCACGGAGUGACUGCUGCGAGAAUAAGGCCCUAAGUCCAUAUCAAAAUUUAUCAAAAUCGGUACAUCAGUUUAGUCGUGAAAACGUUACAGACACACAUUCAGAUUCUUAAUAUUAGUUAUAGAACUUUUCAACAGUCUUUACACUUUUUGUUGCGCCAGUUGCUUGUAACUAUGGAGUAAAUGCUUAAACAAAAUACAUGUAUCAGCAGCAAAAUAUAACAGUUAUGAAAACUUAAAAUAAAUGUCAAAAUUAUGUUAACCUUCCAUGGAGUGAAAUACACGGAGGUACGUAUAAAAUUAUUUGUAGAACCUUAAAAGUAUAAUAAUCACUGUACGUUUUUGUUUGACAAUAAAUUGGACAGAGAUCACAAUAUCAGUUUGGAUACAAAAAUGGUUUUCGUCCUCGAAAUAAUACUUACAACAAUUUAUCGUCGAUAAUUUAUUAACAUGUAAAUUUUUCUUAUAAAAUAUAUUACAAAAAUCACUACUUUUAUUAUAUUAAAAAUAAAUGCUGUUGACGAGAUAGUUACUUAGUUUUAGGACAAUUCACCAACUAUGUGCAAGUAAAAGAGUCUUCAGUUAACUAACUGAGUUGUUUCAUUCAGACUUCUGUCAUAUUCAUUAUUUGUGGUAGAACCUUAUAUCUAGAUGUCGAAGCUCGAAUGUUGCAUUAGGAAACUUGCAUUGUAAUGGAACUUGCUUUAUGAUUGAAGUUUGAAAACAUUGAUUGUAGGAUAUAUCCGAAAGUUGUAAAAGCGAACGUUACAUUUCUGUUAUAAAAAGUAAAUAAAGUUAGUUGCAAGGCAGCGCCAUCUCUUCGCAUUAUAAUAUACCCAGAAUAUAUAUAGAAUAGUAACCCAGGUUGGUCAGCGCAUUCACCCGGAAAGCGAAGGGUGCGGGUUCGAUUCCCGUCUGCUGCCUGGUCCGCGUGGAAUUUUUUCUAGUUAUAUUUUCUUUAGAUUUAAACAUCAAGCAGUUACAUGCUUUAAAAAAAAUAACUUUAAAAUUGAUGUUCUCUUAUUUUAUUCUUCUAAUUCUUAUUAUUUUUUAUUCAAAUUCUUAGGAAUAGAACAGUAUAAAAUUAAUUUCGCAAUAUCAACUCGGACAUCACACAAAAAGUUGAUCCAGCAAAAAAUGGACAUCAAUAAAAAGCGGUCCGACCAUUGACAGUUGACUUAUAAAAAGAUUUUUUUUAUACGUCAAUGUGUCCGACAAAUUAAUUGGUCCUGCAAAAAUUAUGUCACCGUGUGGCACACUAAUUAUAAUUAUGGAAAUAAAAAAGAUAAACUACAUAUACAUUGGUUACUAAGAAGAUACGAUAACUGAACGCCUAAAUUUUUUUCAGUUAGGAAAAAAUUUAGAUGAGGCACAAAAGUUUCACUGUUGGACCUCACCAUACUAAACAAGUCAAAAUAAACACAUAUUUUGUCUUUCAAGCCCAGUGAACACCUUAUAUAGAACAACAGCUAGUUCGAACAGUUUCCUAUAUUAAACAAUGCAAGUUCCCUUAGAGAGCUUUACUUGCCGAAUUUGGCUAGAGUAGCCUUGCACUCUUCAAUGGUUUUCUUGAGGCGUUCCACAGUAGCUGAAGUCUGCUUGGCUGCAAGAAGCCUGGUGCAACUGGCAAUAGUGGUGUAAUAACCACAUACAUUGUGGAAAACUCGCACCGCGCGGUCCCCGCAAACGAAUAGAUACUUUCCGCUUGCGUCAAACUUCAUAUAAUUGAUAAGACC